GUUUCAAAGACAGUGAAGCGCAGGAGUGAAGCAGACACUGGACAACAAUGUCUCUUGGAGUGUUGUGAUAGAAAGCAGACAUUGGUUUUAUCUCGCAAAUAGACAAUAUCCAGACCGCUUUCCGCUACACCCCGCACCAAGUCACACAAACGAAGCGACACACUCAGCGCAGCUGGAGCCUUGACGGCUCGCAGUUCUCUCAUCACAGACUGAAUCAUGACCCGUUUACGAGUUUCCUUUUCGGCUUUAUCAUGGCGUUGGGUUCUGUUUUUCGUUGCCUUCAUUUCUUUCGGUCAACUGUCGAUAGCACAGCAACCUCAAUAUGUCACGGCGGUGGAUGCAGAGGGCAACACUAUCGAACUUCCUGUGAACAGGCGGCCUGCGUUAUAUACGCAGGAUUUCGGUGAUUGUCAAGGGAAUUCCUUGAUCAAUGUGACCCGCUUCGACGGAGCAUUCUAUAAGGACAAUAUGACGGUAACCUUCAAUUUCGAGGGCCAGACUUCAAUCCCGCAAGACAACGUGAUGCUUUACAUUGGUGUUUUCGCAUAUGGUGAAAGCAGACUGACCCUGACGUUUAACCCCUGCUCUGCCAACAUCGCAAGUCUAUGUCCCAUGAAUGCCAGUGUCCCAAUCCAAGCCAAUGGCAUUAUCCCAAUUGGUGAAGCUCAGCUCUCCGUCAUACCGUCAAUAGCUUUCAGCAUUCCUGAUUUCGAAGGUCAGGCCAUCUUACGGGUCUUCUCAAAUUUGACUGAGUCGCAAAUCGGCUGCUAUUCCGCUGUAUUAACGAACGGCGCUUCAUUUGGACACCCGGCUGCCGUUGGCAGCACCCUGGGUGCUUUCACAGUGAUAGCACUGGUCUCCUCGAUUCUAGUGGCGAUUUAUGGCUCCGAUGUUGGCUCGACGCGAAAUCACUACGCACAUUCGAUCUCGAUUCUGGUGGUCUUCGCUGUCUUCCACCAUAUCUACUUCACAGGUGCCUUGUCAAUGAAUUGGCCCAGUGUUCUUGUUGCUUUUUGGUCGAAUUAUGCGUGGGCAGCCGGAUUCAUAUACGUCGAACAAAUGCAGAACUCGAUCAAUCAGUUCCUUGGAAGCAAUAAGGGUAAUAUCAGUGUCGUCGGUGCUGCAGCUGCCGGGACCACUGUGAGCGAUGUGGGAGGUGGAUACGACAUCUCACAGAUAUACAAACGAGGACUAGGUCAUGCAUUGAGCAAGCGUGCGGAUUCUAACGCUACGGAUGUCUAUCCUUGGCAUGGCUCUCCAGUGAAACCAGGCCUACCACUGCCUGGAAACUUUUCUGGUUUUGCGGGCACUCUCGCAGAGGAAAAUAUCCCCGCAUCGAAUGCUUUCAUGACCGGCCUGAUCUGGUUCCUGAUCUUGUUCGCCGGAGUCGCUGUAACAAUUAUCAUGCUAAAAUUGACCAUCGAAUUGCUGAUUCGCUGCAAGCUUACCAAGACCGAGAGACUCUCAUACUUUCGUAGUCACUGGCUGAGUUUCCUUGCAGCCGCUUUGCUGAGGACUGUCCUUAUUGCUUUCUAUAUGAUGAUUUUCCUCGCAUUAUUCCAGUUCACGCUGGGCGGAUCAGCAGGCGUCACCGCAGUCGCAGCCGUUGUAUUCGCAUUAUUUCUGGGCGGUGUGUGGAUUGCGGCAGGAUACGCUUUCUACUAUCGACUAAAGGCCGGGAAACUCAUAUCAGAGCCAGAUAGACUAUUGUUUAAGCGGAGGACAGUUCUGUGUUGUGUACCCUGGUGGAGUGUGCAUCGCAAAAGCCAACUUGAUGAGAAAGAGACACAGGUUUCUUUUUCAGGCUCGCUACCAUGGUGGAGGAUACACUUUUCUGCUGUGUCCGAAAAGUCUGUCCAUGAAGAUGAGGAUUACCUGAAAAGAUUCGGCUGGCUCUUUGCUCGUUUUCGGAGAACCAGAUGGUUUUUCUUUGGAAUAUGGCUUCUGUAUGAAUUUGUGCGCGCUUGCUUCUUUGGUGCAGCUGCUGGCCACGCCAUGACUCAGGUCUUUGGGAACCUUGCGGUCGAGUUCAUUGCUCUCAUCGCUAUGAUCUGGAUGAGACCCUUCGAGGCAAUUCGUCUCAAUGCGAUGAUGGUGUACUUCCUUGGAUUCAGCAAGGUCUCUACAGUGGCCCUAUCCUCAGCAUUUGAUCCUCGAUUCAAUAUUAGCCGCAUCAUCGCCACCGUCAUUGGUAUUGUCAUCAUUGUCAUUCAGGGGGUGCUGACAAUCUUUCUCCUUAUCGCCAUCGUCAUGGGAGCUAUCUCAAGCUACAUAUCCGUUACACGCUACAAGGAAAAGGAACAAUUCAGACCACGAAGCUGGCUGCCGUUGCGGACAAAAUAUCUUAACCAUGUCGAGAAAGCAGCUGCAGAUCUACCUCCACCACCGCCGCCACCUCCACCAGUCGAUGAAGGUCCAAAAGAACCCUCAUUUAACGUGGGUAUCGUGCACCGUGUUCCUAAGAUCGAGGAUGAGGACGAGGACAAUAUUGUACAAAAGCAGAGUCUGGAUAUGUCUCAUGCAUCUAUGUCUGAGGAUGAUCAACGCGUUCCAUCGAGAAAUCAUAGGCGGUCCAUGUCGCUCCGGUCUCAGGUCAGCUACUCUAGUUUGCCAUACGGUGCACGACCGUCGCGCGCAAGCUGGAGCAGUCGCGAAUUUGAGCUGUGGACAGAAGAUAAUCGAACUGGGGAGGGUUGGAGCGACAGCAGGCAUAGUCACAGUCAACCUACGGGCCGCAGUGCAUCAUGUCGUGGAAGGUCGAGCGAUAGAGGAACACCACUCCCAGAUACGGUGUCGACUUCGUCCAGAGGACCGAGCCGUACUACUAGUCCCAGGAUCGUGUCGCCGGAGCCAGGCUUCAUGAGGCGGUCGAGAAGUGUCUUGGACGAUGUCGAAGAGGAUGAUUCUUACUACGAGACAGACGAAGUGCGAAGCCGAGAAGCAUCCCCGAGUCAUUUUGUCAGGAGAUCGGAGGCCGAUCUACCUGGAAUAGCGGAAGAGCGACCUGAGGUUGUCGAGGACGAGCGUCCGUCGCAUCAGACUGAUGCUCUGCUGUCAACUUCGCCAGUCUAAGACAAGACCCAUCGAGAGAUCUAGCGAAAUGCUAUUAUUAUAUUUCGAAGCCGAUGUGAUGGGGACUAACACGGGACAGCAA